AUGGCGAAGUCAUACAACUCGGUUGCUCUUGACGAGGAACCUUUCUUGCCCCAAGAGGACGGCCUCGGGGAGAAGUACUCAUGGAAGAUUGCGAAAGACACCAUACCGGAGAGGAUACAGAAAUGGAGUCCGCAUUGGAUGUGGUUGGGCCACGCAGUCCUUUUAUCCACAUCUUUGACUCUAUUCGCUCUGUCCUUCUGUGCGAAUACAGCGAAGAUGUCUGACUCGGCCUAUACUCAACGGUACUCGGCGUGGUCACCUGCUGCUAGUGCAGUCAAGUACGAGACACAGCAUUUCGACCUUCCUGCUGUGGCCGAAGGACCUUUCAUGGGCAAAGGGGACGACGUGGAUGCAAAAUGGGACUAUAUAUCAGACAUCGGUGACACGAUGAUCUCGCGCGAGGAGAUGCUCAACCUGGGCCUGAACCCCGACAUAUCACUCGCGAUCACGGACCCCGAGGGCAAGCCGGGAUACCGAGUCGCCGUCGAGGUCUUCCAUCAGCUUCACUGCCUCAAUUUACUCCGCCAAAACCUCUACAAAGACUACUAUGCGCCCAUGGGAGGCGACACGGCGGCGCCGCACCAUGACCUGGAAGGCCAUCUGGACCAUUGCAUUGAAGCGUUGCGGCAGUUCGUGAUGUGCCAGGGCGACGUCGGCGUCUUCAGCUUCAACUACCCGUUCGGUGACGGAGACCCUUGGCCCGACUACAGCACGCCGCACACAUGCAGGAACUUUGAGAGCAUUCGCCAGUGGGCUGUUGAUCAUACUAUCCCUCAAGCGCCGGGUGAGCCUGAGCAUUGA